GUAUCCGAAUGACAUUCUACACGACGUCACAUCCUGAACAGACCGCAGCUGAUGUGUUUUUCCGGUGGCUGUUAUGGCGGGAGAAGCUUGAUUUCCUGCAAUUUGUUUGUUUUUGCAGCUGCCAGGCUGUCGAGAGUUAUCAAGAAAACAGUUGCACUGCAUUUAUCCAGACGUGUCAGUAUUUACAUUUUACAUUUUCUGCGUUCGUUAUUUGAAAUCGUCGAAAAUAAAUGUCGAGGUUUAGAUGUACUAGCUCCCUAUUUAUAACUCACAGUUGUCAAUAUUGUAAGUGAACGAUUGUCUUCGCGUAGCUCUACUCGUCGGAGAGAAGUUUUUACAUCACUUGCAAAUGGAAUCGAAGAUCUCUACUGAGAAAGAACAGGCCCUCCCCCUCUCUGCCCUGCGCAUGUUGGCUCCGCCCACGCGGCUGCUCUCUGCGGCCAUGUGGUGCGUGAUGCAGCGGAGGAAUGCUUUGCAUUAUGGGAAGCUGGAGGAGUUUGUCACGUCAAUCUCGGAGGCGGUCCCGGGGUUGCUUAGCGACCGGCACAGGGCCAAGCUGACACUGGGGCUUCGAGCAAGGCUGAUCCUGGAGCUAUGUCGGGGACCAGACCCUCCAGACUCCUCCCUCAUCCUGCCCCACCUCCGCAGGCUCCGCCCCCCUGUGGGGAACAGGGAUCAGAAGGUCCAGGCUGCAUCCUGGGCUUUUCAGCGGCAGGUGAGGAACCUCCUGGAUAGCCCUGCUGAGAGACGGCGCUUCUUCCAGGAGGAGGUUUUUGUGGGUCAGUAUGGCCCUCAGUUUGACUGUGCAUUGGAGAAGCUUCUUUGGGAGUUCCUGUCCCGUUUGGACCAGCUGCUGCCCAUGCCCGACCUGGCCCAGACCGUGUCGUGGCUCAGCGCUGCCCCCUGUGUGCUGGAGGACUUGGAGCAGCCUGAGCUCCUGAACACACUGCGUCAACACCACCAUCUCCUGGGCCACCUCAACACAGCCCCCUCUCUCCCUCCCUCCACGGGUGACUCCAUUCUCUCCUCUCUCUCUCUCCCUCCCUCCGGUCGAGUUUGGAGCACCAAAUCCAUUGGCCAAUCGGGUGCCACUCCUGACUCUGUGAGCCCCGCCUCUCUGACACAUCCAGCCAAUGGCAGGCGAGGAUGCAGUUCCCCCAUCCGGCCCGUAAUCGGGCUCAUAGCCAGUCAGGACGCUCCGCUCACGCGCGGCAGGAAGGGGGCGGAGCCCGCACGGGACACGCCCGUCAGGGAGGCGGAGUCUGGAGCACACGCUUACACGCUGAGGCUCCGCUCACGGGACGGGGCCGGGGCCCGGCAGGAAGGGGCGGGGCUGAUGGACGGGAAGGGCGGGGCCUCUGAUGAACGAUUGAAGAGAAGGAAGCAGCAGGAGGAGGAGGAGGAGGGGAAAGCAGGGAUGGGUGGAGGAGAGAAGUGGGCGGGGCUGAGGAAGAGCGAGCGAAUCAGGACGCGUUGCCGGAGCGAGGAAGGGGCGGAGCUCUCUCUGGUGAUGUCCUGUCUGCAGACGCAGCCCCGUGUGCGUCUGGAGCGACUCGCCCUCCCUGCUCCGCCCCCCCGUCGCCAUGACGCCGCCGUGCGGUCGCCACGGAGACCGCUACCAGGGCCCACGGAGGCUGCCUUGCCCAGGAUGGGGGCGGAGCCAGGGAAGAGGAAGAGGAAGUUCAGCAGCACCGACACCCCCGAGAAACACCUGCCAAUCACAUCAGAGAAAGAAAACUGUGUCUCUCCCUUAAUGUGGGGGGCCUCCCCUGUGCUUACCCUCCGGACCAAGAGCAGAGGCAAGGACUCUCCCUAUCCCGAUUGCAAUGAUGACGUCAUCAUAGAUUCCGAAGAUGAAGAAAUGAAACAUGUUAAAGGGAGGCUGUUUGUGAAGCGGUACCACAAGACGAAGAACAAUACUUUUGUUCCCACAUUCCGGGAGUUCUGGGGGCCCAGUUUGGCCUGAUCAGCUGUGUGUGUGUGUGUGUGUGUGUGUGUGUGUGUGUGACUGUGUUUGUGUGAGUGUGAGUGUGAGUGUGAGUGUGUGUGUGUGUGUGUGUGUGUGUGUGUGAGUGUGUGAGUGUCAGUGUGUGUCAGUGUGUCAGUGUGUCAGUGUAGGUUUGUCUGUGGAAUAAAUGUUUCUUUUUUAACUAAUCAAGAUAAAGUUUUAUAUGUAUAUGUUAAUCAUGUCAGAUCAACUCUGUUAAUUACAACUAUUUUCAUACAUCAAAUGGAAAAUCACUAAAACUACCUAAACUAGAAGCUCUUCACCAUUUUGUUCCAAUAAAUUCGCUAACUAUUUUUUAAAUAA